CAGAUGCUCGCUCACUUGUUACAAGGCGUGCUUCUUUCGCUUCUGCUUAUCCAGCUGCACGCCCUGAAGGUGUCCCGCUCCCUACCUCGUCUUGUUACCUGUCCAAACAGGACCGCCUCCGUUGAGAAUUGUCAACCCGGAGAGCUGAUUUUUUAUUUUUAUUUUGGGGAGGAUAAGUGCGCGUCGACCACUUACGGGGACUUUUCCGUGUAUUUUGUCUUUUAAAGCGCGACAGCGAAGAUCUGAGCUUGUGGUGUGCGCGUGUGUUGUUGUUUUUUUCCGCUGCGCGGAUGUUGGACUCAUGCGCGACUUCGGACCUCCGCGUUUAACGGAUCCAUAUUAGGUUCCGCCUUUGGUCUCUUUGGAAAGCGGCCGUGUGACGACGAUGUGGCUUGCGCAAAUCGACCGUUGGUCUGAACCCGGUCGACCUGGAUGCUCGUUGCUGAAUCUUUAAAUAAUCUGCACAAAGCUUGAAGAAAGAAAAACAGGAGUCUGAAGCUUGAACACUGAAUCCUCUACUCAAGACGACCAGUGAGGAUGGGUCAUUGGUGUUUAAUGUUUAUUUCAUUAGACUGGCAUCCAGUCUAAUUAACAUCAUCAGUGAUGUAGUCAGCCUGUGCAUCUGCGUGCUCAUCAUCUGCAGUAAAUACUCACAUCUGCUCAAAAGGGAGACCAUGAAGAUGAUCCUCCUGCGGAAAUUCCGGGUUUUGAUCCUUAUGGUGUUCCUGGUGGCGUGCUCCAUGCACAUCAUGAUCGACUUACUCCCCAAGCUGGAGAGGCAAGGCGCGGGAGGCUGCUCCUGCUCGCACGCUCCCAGCGAGGAGCCUCGCAGCUGGGCCAAGCAAGGCUGGCCCAACAAGCACACCUUGCGCAUCCUGCAGGACUUCAGCAACGAGCCCAGCACCUCCAACGUCUCGUCCCAUUCCCUGGAGAAGGGCAUCGCUGCAGGAGACAAGUCCCAAGGCUUCAAGAGGCCAGAGCAUCACGCUCAGCGCGGGGACAGGAAACGACAGUUCAUUCAGGACACGACAGUCAGCAAGAACACGCCGGCCAAGGGUUCAAGGCUGGCUGCCCUCUAUGAGCACCCUUUGUAUAAAAGGUCCUUGACUCCGCUCACAGAUGAGGACACGCUGUUCAACGUCAACGCGGACAUCCGAUUUGACCCCAAAGCAGCAGAGCAGGAGUGGAAUGCCGACGGCAACCCCGAGGAAUUCAGCCCCACUGGAGAGCUGACGGCUGACUCCUAUCCCAAUUGGCUGCGCUUCCACAUUGGAAUUAAUCGUUACGAGCUCUACUCCAGACACAACCCCGUCAUUGACGCGCUGCUCAAAGAUCUCGUCAACCAGAGGAUCACCAGCGUGGCGAUGAAAUCUGGAGGCACCCAACUCAAGCUCAUUAUGACCUUCCAGAACUACGGACAGGCGCUCUUCAAGCCCAUGAAGCAGACACGAGAACAGGAGACGCCACCGGACUUCUUCUAUUUCUCCGACUUUGAGAGACACAACGCCGAGAUCGCCGCCUUUCAUCUCGACAAGAUUUUGGACUUCCGUCGCGUCCCUCCCGUGGCUGGCAGACUUGUCAACAUGACAAAGGAGAUCCGAGAUGUCACGCGUGAUAAAAAGCUGUGGCGGACAUUCUUCAUCUCACCAGCCAACAAUGUAUGCUUCUAUGGGGAAUGUUCGUACUACUGCUCGACUGAGCACGCUCUGUGCGGAAAGCCCGACCAGAUAGAAGGCUCCCUUGCCGCCUUCCUCCCGGACCUCGCCCUCGCUAAGCGCAAAACCUGGAGGAACCCGUGGAGACGUUCCUACCACAAACGCAAGAAGGCAGAAUGGGAAGUUGACCCGGACUACUGUGAGGAGGUCAAACAGACGCCGCCCUAUGACAGUGGGACAAGACUUCUGGACAUAAUGGACAUGACCAUCUUUGACUUCCUUAUGGGUAACAUGGAUCGGCAUCAUUAUGAGACGUUUGAAAAGUUUGGAAACGAGACGUUCAUCAUCCAUCUGGACAACGGCAGGGGGUUUGGAAAACACUCUCAUGAUGAAAAGUCCAUCCUGGUGCCACUGACACAGUGCUGCCGGGUACGCAAGUCGACCCACUUGCGUCUGCAGCUGCUGGCCAAGGAGGAAUACAAGCUGUCCACACUGGUGGCAGAAUCCCUGGAGAGGGAUCGUCUCAGCCCCAUUCUCAUCCAGCCCCACUUGGACGCCAUGGACCGCCGCCUCCGCCAGGUUCUGCAGGUGCUGGUUGAAUGCAUUGAAAAGGAGGGCUACAGUUACGUGGUGGAGAACGACCUCCAAGGGAGCCAAUGGACAGAGCACAGCGGGCCAACGAGGAGGUAGCUGGAUGGAACUUGAGCUCGGAGGCUUUGAAUUACCUCCUGAUGCGAUGUGAGCGCUUUCAGGCCAAGCUGCCCCGCCCGCAGGUCAGUACCGAGUGGACGCAGGGGCAAGGUAGGUUGAUCUGGGAUCGGGCCAUUAUUGAGUUGGGACCACGCUGCCGCACCUAGGCUCUUAAAAAAGAAAAGAAAAAAGAAAAAAAAAAGACCAAGCCACACUUAAGUGUAGGAUAGUUUCACCGCAGCCAGACUGACCCACUGCAGCACUAGCAGACCGUGAAAGUCUCGUAAGAGACGCCUUGUCUUUGUCUCCUCCUGGACCUUGUUUUGAAUUCAGUGAAUUCUGAGGGACUUGCCGAGAUUCUCCAAGCUGACAAAUGUGUUUCUAUACGUGCUGAUGACAUCACAAACGUUCCAUUUUGUUGUCCUGGAGGAGGAGUUGGUUGUUUUUGUCAUCUUAAAGAUACAAGUAAGUUGUUUACGGAAAAGGAAUUUAUCUAUUUUUUUUGCCUGGGGUUUAAAUAAUUUUAAUUGGAGUGCAGGUUAACUCCCGGAUUUGUUGAUUAAUAGUGCCCAUAAACGAGAGUAUUUAUUAAAAAUCAUAUUUAUUGUUUGAAAUCAAAUAGGUCCAAAAGCAGCCUCAAAAAUAACAUCACAGUGAUGUACUUUCUUAUUUGCCCCACAAGAGGGCGGACGUGCUGCGUGCAAAACAAGCAGCGAUGAGGUCAGGAAAAAGAAAAACCAUGUUUACACUUGAGUUUGUGUCAUUGAACUCCCCCCCAACUGCUGUCUUAUUUGUAUCACCUGUAAUCACCAGUCACAAAAUUAGGUACACUUGCCCAUUAUAAACUCGCCUUUGUAUAUCAUUUCAUGUAUUUAUUUAACAGGUUCACAUUUUUACAGUUGUAGUUUUCAUUGGUGCAGAAUAGCACUGUAACAUACUGAGAAGUGUUUCUAAUUAUCUGACAAUGGGAUAUUGGUGCAGUGCUAUCAAACAUCUGUUCUACUAAAACACAAAUUAAAAACAGAGCAUCUUUGUCAAACAUCAUUUCGGACAUACGACAGAUUGGAUGUAAGUGUACCUAAUAUUGUGGCCAGUGAGUGUAAAUUUUACCAAAAAGCCAGUUGUUACACAAGUCGUUUUGUAUUAUUGUUUCUUUGUAAUAUACCAGUUGGUGUCCUGAUGUUGCUGUACCAGAGAGAUUAUUUUUCAGGGUGCACAUUUCAUUCAUCAACAACAGCUUUGAAUAUAUACCAUAGGAAAAUCUAGUGCCUGUGCAAGGAUAGAAACUUGAAUGUCUGGUUUCAUAUUACCAAAAGGUUUCAACUCCUCCCGGAGACGAGUACUGAUAAAUGGGGAGGUCUUCGUAUGAGUGUGUGCCCAUUCCAUCCGAUCUACAAAAGCUUUUCUACAGUCCUGUGUCAAUCCAGUGUGUGUGUGUGCGUGCAAGUGUAGGUGUGAGAUGACCCACUGAGAAGAUUUUCUUCAAGUUAAAGAAAAUAUAUUUUCAUCAUCGGGACAUUGUUUCUGUGGAUUUUUUGUUCCUUUUUUUUUUUGCAUCAUGGUUAAAGUGCAAUAAAAAUAAAUACGCAAGAAUCCAAAGUCUCCUUUUAUUUGUUUCAAAAUAUAUCAAUUGAGGAAUACAAUAUGCAUGUACAGCAGUGCUUCUCAAUUAUUUUCUGUUACGCCCCCCCCUAGCAAGAAGAAAACUAUUCGCGCCCCCCCUCCCCACCGUGACUAUCCUAACUUGUCUUGUAAAUCGUAAAAUGUUGCACUGUCGCAAACGUGACAGAAGUAACAAUGAGAGCGCCACUGCCCCCUGCUGUAGUAAACGCGCAAUUACACUUUAUUCUAGUACUGCCAAAAAAAAAGCCUGUUCCCCAGGGUCACACGCGCCCCCCCAGGAAUAGCACCGCGCCCCCCAAGGGGGGCGCGCCCCACUAUUUGAGAAGCACUGGCCUAGGUGACUGAUUCACAAUUUGGUUUUGUCUGAUAUCAGAGAUUAAAUAAAGAAAACCAACUGGC